AUGAGCGACGAAGCGUUAUUCGCAUGGGAUUGCGAAACGUAUUCAGAAAGAGACACGCGAAGAGCAAUUCCUUAUGCCUGCACUUUAAUUAAUUUAGAAAAACUAAGAAAAAAGUUAGAAACGAUAAAAAAUAUCUUUCCAAAUAUAAAUCCUACUGAUAAUGUUCCAGAAGAAUUUUAUGAUAAACUAAUGAAUGUAGUAGAACUAUUUGUAGGUACAGAUUGUAUAGAUCAAAUGUUGAAAUAUUUAGAAGAAGAAAAAGAAUUUGUAAAACUCUUCAAUAAACAAAAAUUCAGACCUAGAACAGCUAUUUUAACAGUAUGGUUUGACUAUCCCAAAAACAUGUUCUUCCAACCGAUACCAGCUAAAGAUAAAAUCACUUUCACGAAUAAAGAAGAUAAAAAGGAAACUGGUAACAAAAUCAGGUUCAGAAAUGGUUUCUGUCACGACGUUUUAACAUCGGUCGAUAUUCAAGAAAUAGUGAAAGCCGGUGGACGAAUUAUUAGAAUAUUAGAUGGUAUAGUUUACGAAGAAAAUUUUAAAACUCCACCCUAUAGAGAUUAUAUUUUAAUUUUGAGAGAUUUAAGAAAUAAAUAUAAACGAGAAGGUAAUAUCGUGGGUAGUAAUUGCAUGAAAUUAUUAGGUAAUUCCUUGUAUGGUAAAUCAAUUCAGAAAGAUAUAUUCACAACUAGACAUUUAUGGAAUGAAGCAACUUUACAGGCCAACUUUGAUUCACGCGUUAAAACCUACGAGAAAAUUAAUGAUACUCAAUAUAUUGUUGAAACAGAAAUUGAAGAAAAAGAGAUUACUACCGAAGACAGUAAAUCUACACGACUAACACCUAGUCAUUUGGGAUCAUUCGUUUUAUCUCACAGUAAAAAAAUAAUGAACAAUUUCAUUCACGUCAUAAAUGGAUUUUAUAAACCCAAAAUAUACUAUACCGACACCGAUAGUUUGUACAUUUCAUCCAAAAAUUGGAAAAAACUAAACAGAGCUGGUUUGGUCUCCGAAAAAGACUAUUGCAAAGGUAAAAACGAUUACGGUGACGGUGGAAUUAUAUUUGGUUUAUAUUUAGCACCAAAAGUCAAAUACAACAUCGUUUUGACUUCUGAUGGUGUUUUAAAAGAAAAGAAAACGUUUAAAGGUUAUUCUAAUGAUAUGAUAAGUGUAGAAGAUUACGUUCAGUUAGCAAGCGGACAUGAUGUGUCGAACGAAUUUAAUAAACCAUGGGAAAAAAGUUUCACCAAUGGAGUAGUUAUUCCAAAUGAUAAACAAACUAAAGUUUUUAGAAGUUAUUUGAAUAAUGUUAAAAGAAAACCACCAAACAGUGAAGGAAUUAUGUAUCCUUACAACGACAAAGAUGAGUAUAGUUUUGACGAAAACUAUGAAUUUGAUGAUUUCGAUUAUCUUACUAUUCAAGAAGAGAAUGAAGAUUGUUUUAAAUGA